AUGGCCGUUUUAUCACUAGUUCAGCUUGCUCGUAACGCCUGCGUCAAGCAGGCUAAAUCAAUACACGGCUUGGGAGAUGCCCCAUUCGAGCUUGUACGACCUAUUCUCGCAAAAGUCGAGAACCCAAAGCAGUUGCAUAAUAUUGAAACCAGCUCACCGCAGCUCAAACAGCAGAUGAGUGAGUUCUGGGUCGAAAUUAUCAAGCGGGACAUCCCGUUCUGGAGGGAGGUGGACCUCCAGGUACCCCAAGAGAGCUGGUAUUAUUUCUACCUCUCCUUGAGAAAACAAGCCGCAGAAGAGCUCGAGCAGCAAGCCGAGCAAGUCAGACAGGUCAUGAAUGGCCUGAACUCUAAAAAAGUGAAGCAGUCACCAAAGGUUGUCAAUGCUAGGAAGCUGGGCCUGCCAAAGGAAAAGCCGACCAGCCUGCAAAGAUACGCCAAUUUCGACCGAAAGAUGGGCGGCAUAGAGCCAGUCUUUGUUUUAGCUCCUCCUGCAAAGGAUGAUGGUAAAGGCCUGACGCCAUUCUCUCAGCAGUCGCGGUGGCUUUUGGAAAAGCCGAGAUUGCCCUCACAAACAAAGUCCAAGAAGUCGGCUUUACCAGUAGUAAAGCGGAAUGGACAUCUUUGCAUUCCUACCCACCAAUUAAAUAAGAGAGCGUCAACUGUUACCAAAGCUCCGAGAUCGUUUCUUGAUGACUACAAGUAUGAGCAGAGGCGGGCAGAUAUUAAAAAUGGGGUGCCAAAUGCAAUCCCAGGUGGAAUCACCGGUGGUAGCCCACAGAGGCCAGCUAUUAGCAAACUGCUUCCCAUGGCUUCAUCAGCAAUUCGCUCGCGCCCUACACUAAAUCCAGUCUCGCCGUCCACUAUCGUUAAGGCUAGAACCGGCUCUUCACAGACGGAACAUGCCGGCCCAACAACUCAAAAGCCCGUCAUCGACUCACCAGCGGAGUCCGUGGUAUCAAAAGAGUUACAAUUAUCACCAAAGCCUUACCCUGUACUACCACGCAAACGUCGAUUACCCCCUGCUAACCCGCUUCUAAUUCCUAAAAAGCGGGUAGCAUCUUCAACACCGAAGAGACUAGCAUAA